AUGCUUUCGCCCAUCUUGGAAAAGCUCACCGACGACGCCGAGGGUCUCAAAUCCGGCAGCGGCCGCCCCGUGGACCUUGUGACCGUCGACACAGACGUCGAGAGCGAGCUCGCCCACAAAUAUAAGAUCCGUUCAUUACCAACCGUUAUCGCCUUCAAGGAUGGGGAACCCGUCUCCCAGUUCAUGGGCGCGAUGCCGGAGCAGUCUGUACGGAACUUUCUACAGGGAUUAUAA